AUGCGCAAAAUCAAACUGAAGGAAGAAGAACAGCCAGAGCUUGUAGGUAUCAAGAAAAAGACAGAGCGGCGCGAAGCCACUCGUGAGACAAAAGCUUUACGUGCGGCCAAGCUAGAGAAGUCGAUUGAAAGGGAGUUGCUUGAGCGUCUCAAGCGUGGUGCAUACGGUGAUGCCCCACUUAACGUGAAUGAAGAUGUGUGGAAUGCUGUAUUAGAGAAUGCCCAAGCUCGUGUGCCUGAUGCCGAAAGCAGUGCGUUGGAGCUCGAGGAGGAGCUCAGUGACGAAGAAGCUGAAGAGGACAUCGACGCUAUGGAUGCGGAGAUGCGCGCGAUCAACGAAGAUGAUGAUGAAUAUGGACAACGAGAAUUCAUAUCCGACGACGAAGAUGAGAGUGAAGAUGACCUGGAAGAUAUGGAUUCGGUACGUGGUAAUAGUCAGUUUUUAACGCAUUUCAGUUUGAUGAUUCGGAAAGCGGUGAUGAUGACGAGGAUGAAGAAGAUGAAGAAGAUGGAGAUGCAAGUGAAAAAGGUCCGAAGAGGAAAUCUGGCAAGCGUCCACAACCGAAGCGUCCAUCUGUCGGCCGCCCUAAUUCGAGAGGCAAACGAGGUAAGUGUUUCAUAUUUACGUGCUUAUCACCAGGUCAUCCACAUGUCGAAGUCGAGUAUGAGCGUGAAACGGAACCGCUCACUGCUGAACAACUCUCACAGUGGUGAAUACGAAGUCACAGGGUUUAAUGUCUGUUGUACAUAA